UUUCGAUAUAUGAAGUUGCUUGAGUUCAACUCGAACAGACUGGUGUAUUCUAUUGAUCAAGAGGAGAAGGAUAUUUACGCUAAGAUGAAGGCCAACAUCGCUGGAGGUCCGUCUAUUAUCUUCAACCGCUACGCUAAGCGCAACGAGACGAAGAUUCGCGGAGGUAAGGUCUGCAAGAAAAUUAUCGGA